AUGUCGGGAUCUCACAUAACUCCAGGAAAACUUGUUGUAACUGGUAGUAUUGAGUCAAAACUUCAUUAUGAACUUAAAGUUAUGAUUCAACUUAAUAAUAAUCCAUUUGUUGUUCACAUAGUAACUGCUUCUGCAGCUAUUACCUCUGGUUAUCAAUUAGCUUUUGGCGGUAAAACGAAAUGUCCAGGACUCUCUUACUUAGACUUAGACCAACCCGGAAAAGCUCAAAAGCUACUAGGAUUUACAUUUCGUCCAUUUAUUAUUGAAGUAGAAAAUACGACAGUUUUAUUGGUUGUCUUAGCAAAAUUACAACAAACGUAA